AAUCACGUUCAAUAAAAGGGUCGAGAAAAUGUGGAAAAGAAUAGUAAUUUAUUCAAGUAUCAAAUAAAGAUUUAAAUCAUUGAAUUAUUAGAAUUAAAGAUUCUUCCGCCAUAAGAAGGAUCCCGACGCCCGGUCCAAACGACACCCUCAAAAUAAUGAUUGCAAAAUAGUUCUUGAAAUUGACGUGAUCUGAGUGCAGGAUCGGCAGAUAAUAAAUACAACGCAACGUGAGUAGACAAGACACACACAAAAAGAAGUGGGAGCCGACGGGGAGCAGACGAAAUAUUCUAUCUUCAAAAUGGAUAUUUCAUCAGCAUCUGAAGGGGGGAUGUCACUGAACGAAUACAGAGUAAAGAAUGCUCCCAACAUGGUAUACUACAUCCCAAACUUUGUAACAGAAGAAGAAGGCAAAUAUCUAUUGAAUCAGGUCUAUACAGCCCCCAAGCCAAAAUGGACCCAACUAUCCAAUAGACGUCUUCAAAACUGGGGUGGCCUACCUCAUCCUAAAGGAAUGAUUGCAGAGGAAGUACCAAAGUGGUUGGAUGUGUAUGCUAAUAAGAUUGCAGAACUAGGUGUGUUUGGAGAUCAUAUACCAAACCAUGUCCUUGUCAAUGAAUACCAGUCCGGCCAAGGAAUCAUGCCCCAUGAAGAUGGCCCUCUCUUCUACCCAGUUGUAUCAACUAUCAGCCUUGGGUCACAUACAUUCCUAGACCUCUACAAAAAGAGGGAGAUGAACAAUGGAGAUUUACAGCAAUCAUCGGAUGAGGGGAUCCAGAACAACUUGGAUUUCAGUGAACCAUGCUUCUCUCUUCUUCUGGAGCCAUGUAGCCUCCUGAUCCUACAAGAUUCCAUGUACACCGACCACCUACACGGCAUAGCAGAGAGGACCACAGAUAUCAUCACAUCUAGUGUUGCCAAUUUGAGUGCCACUGGCUACCAAGUAGACCAGGAGAUUAAAAGGACUUGUAGGGUGUCCCUAACCAUCAGGUACUUCCCCAAGACUUUGAAAUUCAAACUUAAGUUUGGAAAGAGGUGAUAAAUUGACCAUCCCUUAGCUUAACACGUUGAAAUUGAAAUAUGACUUUGGAAUUGAAAUUUGGAAAGGGGUGAUAAACCAACCAUCCCUCGACUGAAUACUUCAUUUCGAAAUUGAAAUUGAAUUUUGAAAUUGAAACUGACGUUUGGAAAGAUGAGAUGAACCAACCAUCCCUUGAUUGAAUGCUUCAUAUUUGACGAGACUUUAUGAGGAAGACAGAUUGAACCCACAACUACUGCACCGGUAGCAAUUUCUAUGACUUAGCAGCCUUAAAAUGUGGAAUAUCCUAUCUGAAUACUAAAAGAAAACUAUAAGAGUUCUAAAUAUUGUACCUUACGUCUCUUUGCAAUUCGGUGUUUAAUUGUUAAUUUUCUUAUUAUUUGCUUAACUGUUUUAUUUUCUGAUAUAAUGCAACUUGUUUUUUAAAUUAGCCAUUCCUUUUUCAUUGAAUGUAAUUAUGUUAUCUACAUAUAUAUAUAUUUUUCUAUGUUUGGGCACAUGCUGAUCAUCACUUUACUUUUCAAAGGAUCCACACCUAAUAUAUUUCAUUAUAUCCUACAUAGAGUAAAUCCUGUAUAGUGAUUGGUUCAAGUAGCAUCAUGUGACCUAAUAUAUUUCAACUAUGAUGUUGCGUGACGUCAGACCUCGAUAUAUUUUUGGAUAUAUCGAGGUCUGACGUCAUUAUUUCGCAAAACUGGAUAUCGAGCUAAACUCUCGGGCGUACCGGCCAGCGCGCUCUCUCUCCCGGGCAAGUCCAGCGAUGCGUCGGCGCAGGUACUAAUCUGCGUUCCGCUGAGCGCGGUGGCUCAGAGAAAAGUAGGUAAUUCAACCCAAGUAACCGGACUUUGCAAGCUCAACACCUAGAUUUUUGUUGUAAAUUAUCAAAAGUAGGAUAUAAAACAAAUAUACCAGGCGUUUCAUUCGAAAGCAUAGUGGGAAUUAUUAAUCCCCGGUUGGACUGACAAAACUACUAUAUUUCCCUCGGGGCUUCGCCCCUCGGGAAAAAUAGUAAUUGCCAGACCAACCUCGGAUAAAUAAUUCCACUAUACUUUCUCAAAGCCUGAUAUAUUUGUUUAUUGUAUGUUUUGAUAACUUGAAUACAUUGUUUUUUAUGUAUGUUGUUUUUUCCUCAUGAAGGCAAAAUAAAUGAGAUUGAAGUCAAUUAAAUAAUAGGUCUGAUGAUGAUGAUGAUCAUAUGCAUUUAUACAAUUUAUAAAGACAGUCUAUCAGAAUAUUUUAUUCCAAUGUGCACUGCUAUUAUUAAUAGGCUGGCUUUAGCUCCAGCUGAUGCUGAUGCCCCAGAGUUCAUCUUUUUGAAUGAAAAUGAUAAAUCUUAAAUUAAUAAUAAUGAUAAUUCAUCUUAAAAUUUAUCUUAAACUGUUCUAAAAUAAGAUGCAGCAUUUAAAAUGUUCACUUAAUGCUUUAGAUAGAUAAAAUACUGCUUCUAUUUUUUUUCAUGGCCUUGAAGGUUAAAAUAAAAAUGGCAUUUGCUUUUGUCAGAAAUAGUAUGUGCCAAGGGUGUCAUGUGCCAAAGUUAUUAUACAGAUGACUCAGUUAUUAUAGGCAGGCUUAUAUUUGUAUGAUUCAUGCAUAUUGCUAUGGGCAGAGGAAACAACACUUGUUAAAAGGAUACACCAAUAAACUAUAUAGUAUAUACUUUUGAGAGCUUGACUGAAGAGGAAGAACAUAAUAGUUUACUAAUUAGAGAAGCCUAAUAAAGAAAGAUAUCAUAUAAAAGGCCUUGGUCCAAGUGGAUCAAGUGAUGUAAAGGUAAACUGGGUGUGAUGGCCUGAGAUUGAUAUCUUGGCCUAUUCGGACUUAUUUUAGGAUUAUCUUAGAUUAUAUGUAUGGAUCCCUAGCUGCUGGCACACAGUACUUUUACUGAAAACUUUCUUUAUGAUCUCGUCACCAAGAAAGUCUUGUAUGCAAGGCAGCUUAAUUUCAUGGAUCUAUUAAGAGGCAACUCAAAUGAAAUAUAUGUAUUUAUAUUUUCUCAUAAGUGAUUUGAACAGGGAUUUCUUGCAUCAUAGUGGUAAGAGGAAACAUGCUAGAAGUAAUUAUCCCUUUCAAUGAUAUUUAUUGCAGGAAACAAAAAUAAUCUUUUUUAUAUAUAUUGAUGAUUUUUUUAAUGCUAUUCCAUUAUUGUAGAACUUGUUUUGAAUCCUUGUGGAAAAAUUAAAAUCAUCUGUAUCAUAAUUCUUGAUUUGAUGGAAUUUUUCCUUUUUAUUAUCAAAU